GAAGCAUCUUUUAAACGUCCGGCAACGCCGAUUGUCUCGUCGUACGCCAUACUUUGUGGUGUGAACGUAAUUUUUUGUUUCUUGGACAGAUUUAAUAAUUACACGCUGUGUCCGCGUGGUUUAGUUAUAGUUCGAUAAACCCCCAUGAAAAAUGCUGUGAGGCUCUAAUCAGUGGCGCUACUCGAUAAUGCUGGACAAAAAAUUGUUGAUAUAGUUUUGGUUUACUGCCUCAAUUCCUAGUGUUUCAAAUUCCAUGUCAACAAAAAUGAGUGCUUUUUGGUCCACUCCUCCCGGGCAGAAUGCCCAAUCUCAACAGAUUCUGAACCAAGCACGGAACUUGGGAAUGACUUCAGCCAUCAGCAUGGCAAUGCCAAAGCCUUUGGAUUUACAAAAAACUAUAGAAUUAAAUGAAGCACUUAUCCCACAUGGGGUCUCUGAGACAGAUGAAGAGCUCAACCAUAGAAUGGAAGUGUUGAGGAAAGUAAAUGAGUUGGCCAAAGAAUGGAUUAAAGAAGUGUCUGUACAAAAGAAUAUGCCCACAUCAGCAGCAGACCAUGUUGGAGGGAAAAUCUACACGUUUGGCUCUUAUCGUUUGGGUGUCCACAACAAAGGUGCAGAUAUUGAUGCUCUCUGUGUUGCCCCUAGGCAUGUUGACAGAGUAGACUAUUUCACAUCAUUUGUUGACUUGUUGAAGAAACAACCUGAGGUCACUGAACUCAGAGCUGUGGAAGAAGCUUUUGUGCCUGUUAUCAAAAUGAAUUUUGAUGGAAUCGAAUUGGAUAUGCUCUUUGCCAGAUUAGCCUUGAAAGAGAUUCCAGAUAACAUGGAUUUGAAAGAUGACAUGCUUCUUAAGAACUUGGACCCGAAAUGUGUUCGUAGUUUGAAUGGGUGUCGUGUGACGGAUGAAAUCCUCCGGCUAGUUCCAAAUAUUGACAAUUUCCGUUUGGCUCUAAGAGCAAUUAAAUUAUGGGCAAAAAAACAUGGAAUUUAUAGCAACGUUCUGGGUUACUUGGGAGGAGUCUCCUGGGCCAUGCUGGUUGCACGAACGUGCCAACUGUAUCCGAAUGCUGCAGCAGCCACUUUGGUUCAGAAAUUUUUUCUCGUUUUUUCAAAAUGGGAAUGGCCUCAGCCGGUUCUUUUAAAACCUCCAGACAACGUCAAUCUAAAUUAUCCUGUGUGGGAUCCACGAGUCAACGUUUCCGAUCGGUAUCACCUGAUGCCUAUCAUCACGCCGGCCUAUCCUCAACAGAAUUCCACCUUUAACGUCUCCUGCUCAACGCGUGCUGUGAUGCAAGAGGAAUUUCGUCAGGGUUUUAAUAUGACGGAAGAAAUCAUGACAGGAAAGGCUACAUGGGACAAAUUGUUCGAGCCACCAAACUUUUUUGUAAAAUACAAGCAUUUUAUAGUUCUGAUUGCUAGCUCUUCCAGUGUCGAAGAUCAGCUUGAAUGGGUCGGAUUAGUAGAAUCAAAAAUUCGGCAUUUGAUUUUAGCGCUAGAACGUAAUGACCAUAUCACGUUGGCUCACAUCAAUCCGGAACAAUACGAUCCCGUUCAGCCCGAGCCGGAUACCAUCAGUACCAUGUGGUUCAUUGGAUUAGUGUUUAAAAAAACGGAAAGCCUCAACAUAGAUUUAACUCAGGACAUCCAGGCUUUCACCGCCCAAGUGCACCGUCAAGCGGCAACAGCCAAAACUGUCAAAGAUGGGCGACGGAUAGAUGCCAAACACGUCAGAAGGAAACAACUCAGUUCCUAUUUGCCGCCAAAUUUUCUACGCACCAAACGUUUGGGAGGAAUGUCCUUGUCGACUUCGACUGGCAGUUUGUCCAACGGAAGUGGCACCUCUCCAGCAGGAACCUUUGCACAGCCAAGGAAGAGACCAUCGGACGCAGCGCUUGAUGCUGUCAUGAUGAAGAAAGUUCGUACAAGAGAAACUGCUGACGGGACGAGGAACUUGGAGGGGGAUGAAUGUCGCAGCCCAUUCGUUAUCAAUUCCAAUGACGAUUCCUGUUCUUCACUGUCUGUAGAUGAUGUUCAAAACUCCUUUCCUGUGCCCGUUGAAGAAGUGCAACCGUCGGAAGACGCCAAUGAUAAGGAUAUUGAGAGCUUGGUAGCGGCAAACACUGAAGAUGAAACCUUCGCUUUACCUGGGGUGCCUGUUAAAAGACCGACUAACCUAACAUUGAGACGCAUGAGAUUGUGUAGCGAUGAAUUGCCAGACGUCACCACGCCUUCACCCCGGGAGCCUCAUCCAAACCAUCCCACCAUCAGAUUUACCCUCAAGUGAGUUUGAUUUAAAAACAGAAAAACAAACAAA